CAACAUUUUACAUUUUUUCGCGACUUUUGUGCUCUGCGGCGCUCCGUCAUGACGUUAUGACGUCCAGCGUGCGAACGUGAUCAGCUGAACCUUGAGAAGACAAACUGGGUGGAGCUGUGCACACAUUAUGGCGAGUGUGCUGUGCAGGAGGGUCAGACAGGUGAGUCAGUCGUCUGUGGUUCACACACUGGCUCAGAGGAUCGUGGCCGUCAGAGGUUUUUCAGCCGCGGGUUCGUCUGGAUCAGAUGAGCCAUAUAUAGCUGUACCAUCUCAAAACUCAGGUCCCAGGACAGUGUGGCCAGAUGAGACCAUGGGUCCGUUUGGGCCUCAGGAUCAGCGCUUCCAGUUGCCAGGUAAUGUGGGUUUCGACUGUCACCUGAAGGGUACCGUUUUACAGAUCAACGGGCCGGUUCACAGGACGGUCCCGGACGUUUUAACCGCCCCAUCCACCACAGAGAGACACGAGUUCAUCCUCGCUCAGUUCGUUAAUGAGUAUCAGGGUAGAGAAGCAUCUCUGAUGGCGCAGAGAGUCAGUAAAGCUGAACACUAUUUCAGUCAGUCAGAUGUGGAGUGUUCCAUGCAUUCCUGCCCAGAGCUGCUGAAGAAAGAGUUGGAGCUGUUUUUCCCAGUGCUGCCUGAGAGCCCCAUCACUGUCGUCACCGUAACACCGAAGAACCAGAAAACGGCCACAGAAGAUCAGAACAGAGAUCAACACGAACUACUAGAUCAUUUUGUCAGUGGUGCUAAAGAAAUCUGCUUUACGCUGUGGAGAGGAGGAUACUGGGCCGAUUUCAUCAAUCCACUGUCAGGAAAAGCUUGUUUUCCGUUGCAGUUUUUUGGCGAGGAGAUGCCGGACUCUGUUCUACAGCAGAACGCUGAGCGUCACGCUGGCUUUCACAUCGAGGACCUUGCGUCGUGUACGGUCAUACGCCACGUCUUCAAGGGGAUGUCCACGUUUGUCUUAACGCUCAUCACUAACGCACCUUCCAACAGUCUGAUAAUGGAGAAACUUCAGGGACACUCCAGCGCCUCAGAGGACAGAGACUGAUGGACGUUUGCAAACCUGCACAAUAUCUACCAAAAUAACGUACUGUUUCUUAUAGAAGAGAUUUUUGAAUACAAACUUGUUGGUUGUGAUAUUACAAAAUGAGAUUUUGAAAGCAGCUGCUGUUGUGAGCCGAUUCAAAGAACACACACAGCAAAAAUGCUAAUUUAUUAAAUAAAAAAAAUACAAACACUUACAAUAUAAUAAACGCGUUUAAAUUCCGAUGUGAAUCCACAUGGUGCUUUACAAAACAUCAGCAGCCUUUGAGAGAACGUACCGUCGGUAAAACGUCGUCUAGAGUCGGGACGUCUGAAAGAGGAAACAACUCAACUAGUGCCACAAUGUCUGACUAACAAGAUUUUUUGGGUAAACAAAUCAUCUGUGCGUCAUGAUUUUAGUGCGCUAGAAUACUAUUGGAUUAACUGUUCAUUUCAGUUUGACUGAUUCUUGUCUUGUUGAAUGUGAAUAAAGUUUGUUCUCACCCAG